CGUCCUGUGCGGCGCGUCAGUGGAUCGCGAGGCGACGCGAGGCAGCGCCGGAGCCGAAUCGUCCUCAGCCCCGUUGUCUGUGAGGAUGAGCCGACGAAGACGAGUCUGCGCCAGAUGCUGCAUUUCAAACAGUGCUAGCAGUGCGUUUGUCAUUGAAAAGAGAAGGGCUGCAAGUGUUAUUGCAGCGCAAAGAAGCCGUGAAGCAGUUGGUGAAAUGAAUCGCAACAGUGUCUGACAAACAGAUUUUCAAUCACUAAUUAAAUACAAUGAUGAACCGCGAGAAUGAGGAACAAAAACCAAUAGCCCAGACUCUUUGCGGUGCUAUUCAAAAAGAAGCCAAUUGCAAAUGUCUGGUCCUUUCUGUAUUAAUCUACGGAUGCCUUGCCGCUGUCACUUGGUGCAGAUGUGCUAACGUAACUAAGAUUGUUAUUAACUUUUCCAAAUUUCCAAUUAAGAGCACAAAACAUGUCUCACCAUGUGACGAUGGUUAUAUUUACAUUCCUGUGGCGUUCAUGGGGAUGCUUUACCUCGUCUAUCUCGUGGAGUGCUACCAUUCCCCGAUUAGAAUCGACCUGCUGCACGCUGAGGGUCAGGGCGGGGCGCUCGCGAAGCUAACGCAACUGCGGUUGGCCCAGCCGACCAUCUGGUGGAAGGCCAUCUCCUACCACUACGUGCGCAGAAAGCGCCAGAUCAUGCGUUACAGGAACGGCGACAACUUUACUACCACACAGGUAUAUUACGAAAGAGUCAACUCUCACGCAGCGACGUCUUUCUACUUCUAUGACUACUGCGGCUCCAAGGACAUCAGCAAGGAACUCAUACUAGAUCCAAAAAUACCGAUAACCAAGAUCACAUUAUCCAAGGGUUUUGCCUUUUCGAACGUUAGAUCGGCCACGGAAUUCGAGGAGGCCAGAUCGCGAUUCUUCGCUGAACAGGAAUUUAGAGACGAUUACAUGGAAAUGAGGGAGGGCUUGGAUUUAGGCUGCAAUUUCAGUCCGAUGACCCUUGUGGCGGUCCUAGGAAAUCCAUGGUUCACUAGGUCUUAUGUCUACUGGUGCCUUAGUGCGCUCUUGCUUAGUUGGCCACUCAGAAUUAUCAUCGAAUGUAAUACGCAAUAUGUCGACUAUCAGGUAACGAAGCUUUUCGGCGUGAACUACGACACGCCGACCAACAUCCAAAUACACACGUCGGCGAGUCAACUAAGCGCCCCGGGAUCUUACAUGCUUGCCCCGAGCUACAGCGAGGCCUUGCUCAUGGAGCCCGCGGUCCACCCGGGCAGCAGCCGCGCGACUACCUCGAGCGAGCCGGGGGAGUCGGACAUGGUGCCGAGCUACUCCGAGGCGUUGCUUUACGAGCGGGCCGCGGCUGAGCACCAGCCGGCGUUCGCCGAGCAGCAAAGGCUCUCGGAACCAUCCUCGAUCGCUUGCGACUGCCCCUGUCAUGGACUGGCCGAGAACGCGAGAACGGGCCCCGAGGACUUGCUCUCCCUCGAGAGCCUGCAAAUGAACGACGCCUGGAGGCCGAGUCCCCUGGAUAAGGGGGAGGAGCAGGAGCAGGAGGUGGAGGUAGAGAUGGCGGCGAUGCAGGAGAUGGAAGGGAAUGAGGUCGCGGGCGCUUCCAGUGCCGCUGCGGUCUCACGGAGGCCGAGGCUCACGAUCUCCCAGCACCGGCCGACGGCGCCGAGCAGAGGCUGCGCGCGCAUUUGCGAGAGCUGCCUGAACGAUGCGGAGCGCCGUGGCCCCCAGGAGGCGACGACCGAUUUGCAGCACCGAAGGCGACGUUGCGCGAUCACCCGCGACUACUCCGAGCCCGACCUAAGGCAUAGUGCCGAAAUGUUGGCCAGCUGGAGUUUCACCCGAGGCAACGGACGUAGCUUGGAGAGCAUCGUCGAGAACGAGGAGACUGAGAACCCGUUGAGCGCCCGAUCGAUCCCAAGCAGAGUCGAGGUCGAGAACGAUAAUCGGCAGCAGGGAAGGAGCACGGGGGCGAUCCCCAAGCGAGGGCCGACGGAGCCGGACAAGCAGCAGGGCUCGAGCAGCCGGGUAACGGUGAAUCCGAUCGCGGAGGCGGUCAAGCGCCUUCCCAAUUCCAGGAGCACUUACUUCUGCCUCAAGUCCAUCCUCAAAAACAACCGUCGGCGCUUUACCCUCGUCACGCCCGAGGAGCUACAGAGCCUGACGGACGCGGCCGAGCCGAGCACCGCCGACGAGGAUCGUUGCGCCUGCGACGGCUGCCGGUCGGAGCUCGAGAGACCCGGAAGCCUGAGGAUCGGCAAGAGGCAGCGACCGAACAGCUGCCAGUCCCUCAGCUUCAGGAUUGAGAAUUCCAGAACUUUGAUCUUCGCGAGUCCGAUCCAAAUGGUUUGUCCGUCAGAUCCGUUCGGGGGUCGCAAUGUCGUACAGAGUGAGAAUCUCCCGAAUUACGAAGAGGCCUUGAAUAUGCCUGUCCUAUCACGGCUCCGUCGCUCACUCACCGAUCGGGAUUCCUCGACCUCGUCGUCAGCGACCGCCGCAACUUCCCCUACCUCGAGUUCGCAAGCGAAUCGCGCAUGGAAACACCGACGCACCAGAAGCACGGAUCCUCAAUUUCUGGCCUCUUUCAGCCUUCGGUCCCGCAGCUCCACUAACAACCAAACGAGCCGCACCGAGACGACGAUAUCGCUUCCCUCGUACGACGGGCUCACCGUGCCCGUAGAUUCCCGCAGCACUGCCAGUCACUCGACCGACGAACGUUGUCCCUUCCUCAGGCUCGACGAGCUCUCCACCAGAUCCUCGACUUCAUCGACGGAACACGAAGUCGCUGCAGCCACGGUCACAGUCGUCGCCGCAACGCAUGGGACAACUGAAGGGGUCAAGACGAUGUCGAGGCUGACGCGCUCGCUGACCGAGAGGCGAAGCACGCCAGGAUCGCGAAGACACGACAGGGAACUAAGGAAGAGCUGCACCGAUCGGAUAGACACGGGGUGUCGGAUAGCCGGCGUCAGGCGUUCGAAUAUUAAUAUUGAGACGUCGUUGUAGGGUGCCGAGGAGGACGACGAGACUGUCGUGUGCGACUCGACGACAGUGCCGAGAAGAGAUGAAUAUUAGUCGCGCACGACUCGAAGUGAAAGUGAGAGUUGGAAUUUUAUUCAAACUUGCCGUGAACAUAGCGAGAUUUAUUUAUCGAAUAAUGAGCAAUUUGUUUGAGCGAGACGCUAUCUUUUAUAUUAAAUGGAUUAUCAGAGUAAUAUGACUUUCCUUGCACGUAGGAAACUUUACUUUGUUUGACAAUUAAACGUCCACUCGCUUUGGUAAAUUAUAUUUACUUUUAAUACAC